UUUUUCCGAGAUAAUGAAUUUCUUUUAAUUAAAUUAAUCAUUUAACUUUAAUCAAUGAUCUCAAUUAUAUAAAAUUCUCAUUUUGCCUGAUUAAUUUUCAUUCCAUCGUAAAGACUAACAAUUUGUUACAUUUGUGUUCUAAUUCCUGAUAAGUUAAUUGUAGUUAAAUUAAGAUGUCUGGUUUACCUGAACGUGGUGUUGGUGAUGGUUCGGAAGGUGAUGAAAGUAAGAAAGCAACAAAUCCACCAGUGUCAAGUUCAGGAGGAAGAGGUGAUGACGAUUCUAGUCAAAAUUUAUCUGGUGCUUGUAGUCAACCAAUUGAAGGUGGUAAAGACAAUCCAUUGGAAAGAGUUAAUAAAAUUGAAGCUUCUAAAUCAACAAUUAAACAUGAUCGUAGUCCAAAUGCUGAGAUUCUUAAUCAAAUAAUUAGUAUGGGAAUUAGUAAAGAAAAAGCAAUUCGAGCUUUGUAUCUAACUGGGAACAAUUCAGUCGAAGCUGCUAUUUCCUGGAUAUUUGAAAAUAAUGAUUCUGGACCUGAAGCUGCUGAGAUUGGGAAUCUUGAUGCUGCACCAUUUCAAGAAUACAAAAUGGUUUUCGCUGUUAAUUGUAGCCUGAAUAUGGGUGUUGGUAAAACCGCUGCUCAGGUCGCUCAUGCAGCUCUUGGUCUUCAAAUGUUUCUAUUAGAAAAUGAUAAAAUCUUUGGCUGUCAAUUAACUAGAUGGAAUGAAACUGGAGAGACUAAGGUUGUUCUAAAGGCCGAAAAUGCUGAACAAUUAAACAUUCUUGCAGCCAAAGCGCAAUCAUUUAGAUUACCUAAUUAUCUUGUUGCUGAUGCUGGACGAACACAAAUUCCCGCUGGUUCUGUAACAGUUUUAUCAAUUUUCGGUCCAAUUGAUUUAGUUGAUCAAGUAACCGGACAAUUAAAACUUCUCUAGUUGUUACCACAAUUAACUAAUCAAACGAAUAUUGAUCAAUAUCUCUCUCUCUCCCUCUCUUUCGUUCCAUAAAAAACAAAAUUGUUCUCAAAAUGUAAAUCAAAUUUAGAGAAGAAAUCAAUUACCUCUAAAUUGAAUCAAUGAAUUAACAUUUUAAUCUUCAAUCAAAAUCAUAA